UACAGCGCAGAGUGAUGUUUUUAAAGAUUUUGAAAAAUUUUCGAAAUAUCAGAUAUUUCAAUAUAUUUUAAUUAGUUUGCCUUUAGUAAUGGUAUCUAUGGUCCAUGUUAAUUAUAUAUUUGUUGCUGAAGACGUACCACAUAGAUGCCGCGUACCCGAAUGCGAUGGUACGAACGCGAGCUCAGAAAUACCACCAUGGUGGCCCAAAAAUGUGGACUCUAAAUGCUUCCGACCGGUUGUUGAUGUUAGCAGUUUUGGUAAAUCAAAUGAUACUUGUUCGAACGCGACAUUUGAAGAGACUUUAGAAGAAUGUCACGAGUGGAUCUACGAGAAUCACAAUUCGAUAGUUGCCGCGUUAAAUCUUGGAUGUCAAUCAUGGAAGUCGACACUGGUUGGUAGUGUUCACAACGCCGGCAUGAUCGCCUCAGUCAUGAUUUCAGGAUGGAUCGCAGAUAAAAUCGGCAGAAAGCCAACUAUUAUAGUGUGUUCGAUAGGCGCAGCUGUCGGCGUGUUCAAAAUAUUUAUCCAAAAUUACUAUGCGUACUUAGCGGUCGAGUUCUUAGAGUCAAUGCUUGCAUCCGGCCUUUACACCGUCAAUGUUGUUUUACUAAUAGAAGUCGGCGGUGAAUCGACAAGAGUUUUGGCGGGAGUCAUAUUCUCUUACGCUGUAUAUAUCGGCGAGAUGUUGUUCGCUUUCACUGCGAUGGGACUUCAAUAUUGGAAGACGUUGAUAUUAAUUGUUUACACACCGAUGUUCUUAUUUAUUUUCUACGUAUUCAUAUUAAGAGAGAGUACAAGAUGGCAAUUGUUGCGUGGGAAAACUGAAGAAGCUAAGGAAACUCUAAAAGUUAUCGCUAAAGUGAAUAAAAUAAACGUCACCGAGAAGGAGAUAAAUGAAAUAAGCGACGCUGACUUACGAGCGAGGUUUAAUGUUGUUGUACAAAAAGAAAAAGAGACCAUGAAAGAUAUUAUCAAUUCCAAAGAGAUCAUGAUUCGUUUAACAGUCGCGUCGUUCUGCUUUUUCUCUUCCAGCUUCAUAUAUUACGGAAUGGCGGUACAUUCUAUACUUUUGCCUGGUAAUAAAUACACGAACUUCGUUCUGACGUCUUUAUCAUCGUUCCCUGGAGAUUUUAUCGCAUAUUAUACAUUCAAAAAGUUCGGUAGGAAAAUAACACUGCAAUGUGGAUAUAUUUGUUCUGCCGUAUUUUUGAUAGCGCAAGCAUUUUCGCCUGAAGAUAUAAUGUGGUUAAAAGUGGCGUUGUUUUUGGCGGGUAAAGUGGGCGUGGUGGUUUGUUUCACUGGUAUCUACACGUACAGUUUAGAACUGUUCCCUACGAGUGUGCGAGGCUCUCUAAUCGGUUGGGGUAACACGGCUGCUAGAAUUGGAAGUAUGCUCGCCCCGCUUACACCUUUAUUGUCAGCGGAAAUUACGUUCCUACCAUCGCUCCUGUUCGCAUCAACAGCGAUUAUUUCCGCUCUACUCCUUUCGUUUACGCCUGAAACGAGAAAAUUACCACUUUUUGAUACCAUAGCGCAAGUUGAUAAUUAUAGAGAGAAAAUUAUUACAGCUUUGUAAAGUCGAAUACAGAAACAAUUGCCUAAACAUUUGUGUUAAAAUGUAUUGUUAUUCCUUUCAUAAAAAAAAAACACAGACAAUAAACAUGUUUUUUUUAGUGUCAUGGUUAUAGAAUUACAUGGUUCCAGUCACAAUAUCAUGUAAAUAUUUUUAUUGUUUUAUCAAUCGAUUUUAUAUUUAAAUAAGUGUUCUGAUAGAUUUAUAGUUAAUAUAAGUAUUGUAAUUAGUUCGUAAGUGAAACCCGUAUGUAAAGAUAGCUUUAUGAAAAGAAAAAAAGUCGGCUUGUUGUCGUGGAGCUCGAAAUGGUGUUUAACCAUUUACUUAAUGUUUAUAUUAAAAUGGUUAAUGCUAAGAUUUUAGUUAGUUUUUUGUCGAUAUACAUGUUUUACUUUGUAAUAAGUUUUUUUUUUAAAUUAUGUUAUUUUUUAGACUUAAACAAUUCAGACCAAUAUCUGAGAUGAAAAAGUAACUCAUGAAAAUUAUUCCGUCGAUCUCAUAUGCCUUCAUACAGUAUAUUGUAGCGAAUACUUCUUAUAACAUAUUUUAUUUGUAUCAGUUUUAUUUAAGGUUAUUGUAAACGGGUCUUUUGUAAAAAUA